UUUCCUGCUGUCGUUUACACACAGGUGGACCGCUUCAACUUCCCAUGCGGCUGCACGAAGGACGGCUGCGGAAACACUCAGGGGCGCAUCGAGUUCAACGCCAGGCGCGUGCAGACUCAUUACAUCCACACCGUCAUGAAACUGGAACUGGAGCGGCGACUGCACGAUAAAACGCUGAACGGAGAGGACCGGACGGGACUCCCGGAGGAUCUUGAAGAGUACGUGGACCAGGACGAGGUUCAUCCGGUGCAGAGUCCACAGGACAAGAGCUGCCCCUUCAGCUUCAGCAUGGAGGAAGACGGUCUCCCUCUCACCAUGCCCGCCACGCCUUCCUUUCACUUUGAGCGGUUGUUGGUGGAGGAGAACAGCUGCAGCAGCGACAUGACCGAAUCCUCCUGCUCCUCCUCUGACUCUGACGCGGGAGGACGCUUCAACGGGAGUCCGAAUCUCCCCGAUGUCGCCCUCGGCAUCUGUGAGAAUAAUAACUUCUCGAUGUGCAGCCAAAUGAAACACGUCGAACCACUGAAGCAGCACACGUACAGCUCACCUGCCGACACUUUGGGACCGCUAACAGCCGACACGUUCACGGACAACAUGAGCAGGACCUCGCUGACAGAUUACCUCGACGAGAACGCAAACCAAGCCACCGACUUCUUGCACGACGACUCCCUUGAGGGCUACCCCAAAACUCCCUCCCCGACCGUGGACUAUUUUUCAGGCAGGUACAUGGACCUGAGUCUGUCCUCCGACUCGGACCUCGAGUUCUUCGACAGCGACUACACCUCCGGACCUCUGCACAGCUCGUUCAAAGUGCACCGGCAGACGGACAGCUUUUGCCACCUGCAGCUCUUCAGAUCUGUCAGUUUGCCGCAGUACGAGUCGAGCACCUACCUCCUGGAGUCUCUGAUCGGCCUGACGGAGCCGAGCUCAGAGCACGCUGUCGCAGCCGGCGGCGACACGCGGUUUUCAUAGUCAAUGCUUUCUAGUCAGGGGUGGGCGAUGCCGCAAAAUUUGAUCUCCAGUCCAAAAAAAUCCAAUCCAAACAAUAGUUUGCACCUUUUGCAACCCAUCAAGCUCAAUGCAUUCUGGUCAGGGGCGGACGACACAACAAAGUUUGGUUUCCAAUCCAAAAACAGGUGACCAAAGUGCUGCACAAUCCAAAAACAGAAAAAAAUACAUACUGUGUCAUUCAGAUACGAAGUAAUUAAGGGCCAGAAUCGCCAAUAUCAGUACUUUUUAUUAUUUAACUACGCUUAUUAAGGCGUAAAACCAGAGGUACGUACGUGACAUUUUGGUUGAAAAUUAGUUAUACACCUUUUUUUCAAGUUUUACCAAUUUUUCUUUGAUAUCAUUAUGUUUGAUCAAGUUAAUGUGUAUUUUCAGACUAAUUUUAAUUUUUUAAACUUUUGUCAAUGAUGUGGCGGCCCACCUGCAGUAACUCUGAGGACUCCUUAAGGGUCGCGGACCCCCUGUUGAUGAACUAACAGAACAGCUAAUGAUAAACAACAAUAGUCUGAAAAUGUAACAUUGAGCAAAGAUGAAGAUCUGUUUCAACUAAAAUAUAAAUUUCAGUGCUAUAUACCUGGAUAUUCCUCGUCAGCGCUCUGGAUACUGAAGCAUUUCUCUCUUCCUCUCUACUUUUCUGUUGCAGCUCCAAGUUUUGUUUCUCCUGAUCUUUUACUUUUUCGUUCAGCCUAAAACACAAUUAUUUUUCGCUUUAAAUUAGUCAGGUUGCACUGCAUGUGCAUGACAGAUAUGUUAUUUAACUAAGCAAAGAAUACAUGCAGUAGAUGUGUUCAGGACAACAAAACGUUGCUGUUUGCACAGUUUUACUCCUAAAAUACAAAUUGGUAACAAAGAAGAGAAAACCGGAUCCCUUUUUUUGGUUUAUUGACACUAGGAUCUCUCUUCAAAACAAAAAUGUAGCAUCAAUAUCGAUAAUUUGGCAUUGAUCCGCCCACCCCUAAUUCUAGUGACAUAACCACAAACUGUGUGAGAGAAUUAAAUGUACAAAGCACUGCUUUUAUGUAUUUCUAAGAAUAUUUCAGUGUACAAAGAAUCAUUGAUGAAAUAUUUUUUCCACGCUGGAUAUUUUUUCUAUUGCCUAAAAAAUAAUUUUGCCUUUAUUUCAAAGAAAGCACACAUGAGUAAUUAAUAUAUGUCCAUUUUUUUUAAAAAUUAUUUCUUGAACCUAUAAAAUGAUCUCUGACAUGUUAUUUAAUUUCUGACACCGUGGCCACACUGAGUAUUUGGAUUUGACAAUGUAUUGUCCCAGAUAUCAACAGAAUAUCCGUAUGUUGCAGGCAGCUGGUCGUGGUGUAAACAGGAUAAUCCACGUUGACACAUGCAGGAAUAAAUAAAUAAAAAGCACACCUCCAUUUUUGUAAAUGAUUUGUAAUAACUGCCGGACUGUGGAUUAUCCUUUUUAUGCUCAACAAUCUGUUGAAAAUAAUUCUGUACCGGGGAAAUAAAAUAAAACAUUUUUAUUUAUUUA